CCGGUGGGUAUAUUUGUGUAUCCGAUGAAGGCGAGCGCACCGUUGUUCUUUCAAGCAGUCGUUUUUUUUUUUAGCAAACAAUCGAGUCGCCUGCGGUAUUUAUAGGUCAACAGCUAAUACAUAGAGAUGUCUGAAGACCUCCUCAAACAGUUAAGUAGCUAUAAAGCCCAGCUGCAACAAGUGGAAGUUGCCUUAUCCACUGACCAAGACAAUGAAGACCUCCUUAAACUUCAAAAAGACUUACAGGAAGUCAUAGACUUAACAACAGAUCUCCUGACCUCUCAACCCACUGAUAGUGCUUCCAGCGUUAAUGGCACAGACACAGUUCCCCAGAAGGUCGGCUGGAAAGUGGGUGACAGGUGUUUGGCUGCGUGGAGUCAGGAUGGACAGGUGUAUGAGGCUGAAAUUGAAGAGAUAGACCGGGAGAACAGCACCGCAGCUGUAACCUUCUCUGGAUAUGGGAAUGCUGAAGUGAUUCCUCUUCUGAACCUCAAAGCAGUGGAGGAGGGGAAACGUUCUGACGAUGAUGGUGGCAAGCCAAAAUCAAGGAAAGAGCAGAUUGCGGAGCAGAGAGAGUACAAGAAGAAGAAAGCUCAGAAGAAGGUGGUUAGGAUGAAGGAAUUGGAGCAAGAAAGAGAGGAGCAAAAAUCAAAGUGGCAACAGUUCAACAACAAAGCUUACUCAAAGAACAAGAAAGGACAGGUAAAGAGGAGCAUAUUUGCAUCUCCAGAAAGCGUGAAUGGAAAGGUGGGAGUGGGAACAUGUGGUAUUGCAGACAAGCCUAUGACACAGUACAAUGACACUUCAAAAUACAACGUCAGACAUCUAAUGCCACAGUGACUUGAUAUAUUAUGUGUAAAAUAAUCCACUGUAUACCAGCUGUAUCGGUGCUUUCCAUCGUGUUUAUACAUGAUUUAAGUUUCUCAAGUACAGAAAGCUUUGAAAGGAAUUGCCUGCACACCAUUGUUUAAAAUAUUGAUGUAGUUUUCUUAUAUAUAAUGUAGGUACAGCAACAAAAAUCCUAACAGACAGGAUUUUACCCUGCACUGGAAAACCUAUUAUGUAAAAAUAGGAAGUGAUGUUGUUGAAAAGCUGUAGCGUCUACUAUUUGUGUCUAGGUUCAAAUAAGGCCAAAUACCCACAAAUCUGUGUAUAAAUAACCAUCUGUAGACCUGGUGUGUGCAUUUCAGGCUGGACUCUUUAACACACCCAUUGGUGGGUAGUCUGAAUAUUUAUAUUAGUGAUUUGAGAUGGCUAAAUUUCCAUUUUAAUUUCUGUAUAUAUUCAACGGUGAAAUAAACAUUGUUUUGUUUUCAUUUUU